AAAGCUUAGUCUCACCUCCAAACAAGCAAACUUCCUUGGAAGGUAGGUCAUUCAUUUCUGUAGACUACUUAGGAGCUGUCCAAGGUGCAAGACCAACUUACCAUUCUAGUCAUUCAGUUUUAUCAGACGUGUCUUUUGUGCAUCAGAACAUUAUCACUGCUCCCUUCUCAUCUAGUACUUCUCAGAAUUCCUGGCUGUGACUUACUUUAUCAUUGUAGGAUGUAGCUGUUCAAAAAUCUAUGUUGACAUUAUGUGACUUUCCCUAGGAAGACGUGUAGAAACCUCUUCUCCAAGUAGGUCAAACAAACGUUGGAGAACACAAGAGCCUCCCACUCAUAACACAUCUCACAACCUGCUUAGAAACACCAUUCACCUUCUUGCCCUUAAGAAUCCGUUGGCUUCAUUCAAAUGAGCCGCCUUCACCGAUACCCAAUCAGAACGCCCGAUCUUCAGCUACCGACCAAUAAACGAAUGCAAUAGAUAGGAGGAAAGUAGGCAUGAAGCCAUCUCGCAGCGCCAUUACACUUUAGGGCAGGGAGGUUAAGAAGUCGGCAUGGCGUUCGGGUCAAUAAAAUCGAUAGCUGGAACCUGCCUGUGUUCUAGGCAGCGGUGGUGCAGGAGCAGCGCCGCCAUCUUCCCCGAAGGCAUCUUCCGGUGCCUCUCACCCAAGUUCCAGCGGGAGUUCCCUGAAUAACCGGGCGGUCUGUGUCGGGCCGCCCGGCCCCUCAGGCUGCCGAUUCAGAUUUCUUCCGGGCCUUCCGGGCCCGGCUUCUAGGUCUCGGGGUACGCGGUGCCCCGGGCAAGGCCGGGGAGCAGGUCCGAUGGCGCCACCUUCGGCUCCGCUCCUCGCGCGGGCACCCGGAGAGGCUGAACCUACUCGGAGAAGGAGCAGGAGGCCAAGGGCCUUGAAGUUCGCGGACGUGGCCGUGUACUUCUCCUCCGAGGAGUGGGGGUGUCUGCGGCCCGCGCAGAGGACUCUGUACCGGGAUGUGAUGCGCGAGACCUACGGCCUCUUGGGCGCGCUCGGAUGCGCAGGUCCCAAACCAGCUCUCAUCUCCUGGUUGGAACGAAAUACCGAUGAUUGGGAACCAGCAGCCCUAGAUCCGCAGGAGUACCGGAGAUGGGUAACAUUCCAGAGAAAAACCAGAACCAGGCAGAAGAAUGAAGAGAAGGAAGUAUUCCCACCUAAGGAAGCACCCCGAAAGGGGAAACGAGGGCGGAAGCCCAGCAAACCCCGGCUGAUUCCCAGGCAGACAUCCGGGGGCCCCAUCUGCCCUGACUGUGGCUGUACCUUCCCUGACCACCCAGCCCUGGAGAGCCACAAGUGUGCCCAGUAUCUGAAGAAGCCCUACCCGUGCCCGGACUGUGGGCGCCGCUUUUCCUAUCCAUCCCUGUUGGUCAGUCACCGGCGGGCACACUCUGGUGAGUGCCCUUACGUUUGUGACCAGUGUGGCAAACGUUUUUCCCAGAGGAAAAACCUGUCUCAGCACCAGGUCAUACACACAGGUGAGAAGCCCUACCACUGCCCCGACUGUGGCCGCUGCUUUCGACGGAGCCGGUCCUUGGCCAAUCACCGGACCACGCACACCGGUGAGAAGCCUCAUCAGUGCCCUAGUUGCGGGCGUCGCUUCGCCUACCCAUCUCUGCUCGCCAUCCACCAACGGACACACACAGGAGAGAAGCCCUACACCUGCCUAGAGUGCAGCCGUCGCUUCCGCCAGCGCACUGCCCUGGUCAUCCACCAGCGUAUCCACACUGGAGAGAAGCCUUACCCGUGUCCUGACUGUGAGCGGCGUUUCUCUUCCUCCUCUCGCCUGGUUAGCCACAGGCGUGUGCACUCUGGGGAGCGGCCCUAUGCCUGUGAGCAUUGUGAAGCCCGCUUCUCUCAGCGUAGCACCCUGCUCCAGCACCAGCUCUUGCACACAGGCGAGAAACCCUACCCCUGCCCGGAUUGUGGACGUGCCUUCCGAAGGAGCGGCUCCUUGGCCAUCCAUCGCAGCACCCACACGGAGGAGAAGCUGCACGCCUGUGAUGACUGUGGCCGCCGCUUUGCCUAUCCCUCACUGCUCGCCAGUCAUCGGCGUGUGCACUCAGGCGAGCGGCCCUAUGCCUGUGACCUUUGCUCCAAACGCUUUGCCCAGUGGAGCCACUUGGCCCAACACCAGCUUCUGCACACUGGGGAGAAGCCUUUUCCCUGCCUUGAGUGUGGCCGGUGCUUUCGCCAGAGGUGGUCCCUGGCUGUCCACAAGUGCUGCCCCAACACCCCCAAUGGUAGCCCUAGACCUCUUAUAGGAGAGCCCAGCCAGAGGAGCAGUGCUCUUUAGCAUGACAAAGAUUACGGAAAGUCACUUUAUGGAGGGGUGCAAAACUCAGGAGUAGCUGCCAGAGGUCUUACAGAACAGGAGCAGACCCAAAAUCCUGGCCCCUGCUCCACACCCUGAACUCCAGUGCAUUCCACCACACUGGUUACCCUACAGCAUGUCUGAAACAGUUAUCAGGAGAGAUGAUGCCAUUUGAUUAAAGUUUUCCAAGCUAA